GGGCUCGCCCCCUGAGGAAGGAGCCUCCUGCCGCCUCAGGUGAGCCCGGGACGGCGGGAGACGCUCCCGGCCCCCGAGGCCGCCCCUGGCGCGGUGUGGGGAGCAGGGGCAGCUGGAGACCGCCCGGCCGGGGUGGCUCCCGAAACCUGCCCUAGUCCUGGUCCCCUAGGGGAAAAUGGGGGUUCCCUCACGGAAACGGCUCCCAGGUUCCCGCUGACAUGCGUGUAAAUCACCAAGGAAAACACUCUCGGGUCCUGGGUCCUGGAACGAUAGCGGCUGUUGACGCCUGUAAUCGUGUCAGAAGUUACAGUUUGAAGACAUAAAGUCGUGUUCUCAAAGGGGAACCAGCAGCUGGGACAAAAUACGAAGGAAUACGAGGAAAAUUUCUCUUUGCCCGACGCCAGGAAUGAGGAAUAGAUAGUUCCCAGUCUGUAUGGCGGUGUGCUGUUCAAAGGGGAGUACGAUGAGGGCAUCAUUCCCGACAGCAAGGAAGAUCCUUGUGAGCGGGCAAAAAUGCAACAGACAAUGAGCCGAAGACAAAAUUUCAUUUAGCUUAAUUAUUUUAUGAGUCUUGUAUAAACCAUACAGACUCUGCACCCUGUAGCAGAAGGGAAGAGCCACCAGGCGUGCGGCCAGAAGCCGAGUGGCCCCGUGUCACCCGGGGCUGGUGGCCGCUGUCCAGCUGCGGUCCCGCAGGGAGGAGCGGCCAGCCCAGCGCGCCCUGCUGUCCCCGGGGAGCGCGGCUGCAGUGACAGCCCCGCUGCGGAACAGCGCCGGGCACCGGCCUCAGCUCGCCCCCUGUGAAGCUGGAACCGAGUUCUGACAAGAUGAGCAGGGCAGAAAGUGAAUCAUUAGCGUUCACUGGAGUGCUUCUCAGCUGCCUAGGAAUGAUAUUUUCAGCAAACACAGCUCCAGAUAUACCUGUUAUUGACCAAGCUUAUUCAAAACUUAGCAACAGUAUCACAGUGGAAUGGAGAGCAGUACCUGGGGCUACUCAUUACAUGCUGACUGCACAAGAUGGAGAUUCCUUUGUUGAAACUAUAGUAAAAAAUUCUCCAGGCACAGUGACGGGACUGAAGCCCGCCACCUUGUACAGAAUCACUGUCAGAUCUAUAAACUCAGGAGGAAAAAGCCAGCCUUCACCUUUCAGAAAAGUAAAAACAGUGCUGGCUGCUCCGCUCCUGUCUGUUCGUUCUCUGAGCUGUGACUCCAUCGCAGUGAGCUGGACAGCUGUGCCUAUGGCAGCUGGAUUCUCUGUGUCACUCAUGAGAUCAGAUGGUGUGGGCAGAAUGCUGAAGCAGAACACCACCAAUACCUCCUUGAUAUUUACCAAUCUAGACCCAGGAGCUCUCUAUACCAUCAAGGCUUAUGCCUGGAAUGCCAAUGGGAUGCCUGGAGAUGAUUUCACAUAUAACCAAAGAACAAGUCCUAAUGCACCAGUGGAUGUUAAAGUAGCUUUCAACAGUGGCGCUUUAAGAGCUGUUGUCUCCUGGAUGCCAACAGAAGGAGCUCUAACUUACAGUGUCACAGUGUCCAGUGGACUCCUGGAACUGAGGUGUAACACAAGUUCUGCCUCCUGCAUGGUGCCAUCCCUCCAGUGCAGCUCGGAAUAUCACGUGUCUGUCACAGCAUACAAUGAUGCUGGAUCCAGUGAACCUACUGAUGCAGUAAGCUUAAAAACUAUUCCUUGUGCACCAGUAAACAUCUCAGUUGAGGAGGAUGAACCUGGUCACUUGCUGGUAUCAUGGUCCAGUGUCACUUUGGGUCAUUAUUACGUGGUUUUUGUGAAGAGUGAUGAUGGCUUGGAAGUGCACUGCAACACAUCAUAUACUCAAUGCCAUUUCCAGUCAGACUGUGGUUUCACUUAUUUCAUCAGUGUCUUUGCAUAUAACAAGGCAGGGCAGAGUCCUUUAGGUGAUGUAUUCAAUUACACUACUGCUCCUUGUUGCCCCGGUGACUUCAGGGCCGUGUUCGUGUCAGGGGACACUGUGCGGGUGAGCUGGGCUCCCGUGCGAGGCGCCGACCUGUACGAGACCCGGGCGGCGGGCGGCAGCGGGGUGCUGCUGUGCCGGGACACGGCCACGGCCUGCACCCUGUCGGCCCUGCGCUGCAGCACCGCCUACAACAUCACCGUGUACUCCUUCAGCGAGGCCCGCGGCAGCAGCGCCUCCUGUGCGCCUCGCUACGUGGCAACAGCUCCCUGCAGUCCUGAAAUUACAAAUAUCUCAAAGGAGGGUCUAUCUGUAAUAAGUGUGCAGUGGCAACCUAACAAUGAAGAAGCUACCUACGUUGUCACUGCCAGAGGAGAGGCUGGACUUUGGCACUGCACCAGCACCAGGAAUUCCUGUACCCUAAAAGAUCUUCCCUGCGGGUCUGCUUUCUCUGUGAGUGCUGUAGCAAGAUCACCAGCAGGACAGAGCUUCCCAAGCUACAGUAUCCCUUUAGAGACAGCUCCUUGUUGCCCUGAUGACCUGACACUAACUCAAGUGACACAGUCAGUAACCAGUAUCAGCUGGUCUGUUGGGAGGGGUGCACAGACAUAUGUAACAACACUGGAGUCUCCAAAAGGACAGGCCAAGUGUCACACCCUCCACACCUACUGUCUCCUGGGAUGUAUCACGUGUGGCACCAACUACACAGUGUCUCUGAGAGCCAUUAGUGAGACAGGUUUGACAUCCAGCUGCACCUAUCAGGGAUAUUCUUCCAGUGCAUGCUGUCCUUCUGGGGUGAAGCUCUAUAGACUCAGCAACAAUGGCAUCAGGGUGUUCUGGAGAGCUCCUGAUGAAACAAUAAACUACAAAGCUGAUUUACAUGGCUCAAAGGGCAAUUUCAGCUGUGCCCCCAGCUCAGGUCUGAGUCACUGUGAUAUCACCAAGAUACCCUGUGGAGAUGUCUACACUGUGGUGGUAGCUCCACUGACCGACAAGGGGCCAAAGCUCACUUUAUUUUCUUCAUUUUGUCCUAAGAAAAUAUAUUCAGUCACCUGUUCUGGAAGCUCUGUUGGAAUGGUUAUUUAUAGAGGAAAGAGCAACGCAAAACACAUCUAGAUGAAAUUCUGGUUCAGAUAAGGAGGUAAGUUAUAAGAAUCAUAAUUCAUAUUAGAAUGUAUGAAUCCAACUUUUCCUGCUGAUUAAACCUUUGAGAUGGGAGGGAAAACGCUUCACAGUCCUGUGUAUCAUAAGUGGUUUGUUAAAAUCCAUCAUAUUUACCUCUGAAAUCUUUUAUUUCUACUAUUUCUGAUUUGUGCUCUCCUCCAUUUGUAACGACCUUCCUUCAGUUCAUUAAGCCUUCACUUCACUAUGCUAUAGUCCUCCAGAAAAGCCCUUAAAAUCCAAACAGAUAAUGUUCUUCAGCACUCACUUGUGUUUUCCCGGUGUUCUGACUAUUUCUGCUCCUGUCUCAGAGGGAUGGCAAGAAAUCACUGCUGACAUUUCCUCCCUAAGGCUGAUCUCCUUUUUGCUGCUCUUCACCUACUGCUGUCCUGGAUGUUAACACUGUUCAUAACACCAUUCUCCCUAAAUGUUAUUUUCAGUCUUUUUCCCCCUGAAGCUGGAAAGGCACAUCUGUGCUUAACUGCAACAUUCCCAGCUGCCUGAGGAAUGGGAGCAGGAAAGCUGAACACCUAAACAUCUCUGAGACUAAUCCAGGCAGGACCUUCUCCAGUGGUUACUUUUUCGGCUGACUUUGAAAGCAGUUUAAGGUCAACGGUUCUGCAAACACCUGUGUAAUCUAACACAGUCUUCAGAAGCUCAUGUGUACAAAGGUAUCCAACGACAGCUGGGUUUUUAGCACUAUUUUCAGCUUAUAAAAAACAGCCACUGUCCCUUCUGGAAAUUGCCUUUCUUCAGACAACACGUGAGGUGUUGGGUAUCUCAGCCAAUGCUUCCGAUCACUUGUGCAAAAUCUCACGGGAAUCUCACGCUUCACUAAGUUGCUUGUAGAUGGCCCAAGAAUUAUAUGCUGCUUCUUAAAACAUGAUCAGCAUUUAGUCACGAGUGAACAAGUCUUUCUUUAGGAAACAUUAUUUAAAACUGCUCUGCAAUAGUUAAUAGAAAGUUGGUUUUAUUUCUCACUUAAUAAAAAAAAAUGAACAGCCUUACUCCUAGAGGGUUCUAUUUCAGUAUUUCUUUGCAGACAUCAUUGCCAAACACUGUCACCACAGCAGAAGUAUUUAACUGGGUUUUCAGAGAUCUAAAGCAACUGGUUUCUUUUGGACCAAAUUCAAGCCCCAAACUACUUUUCACCAAAGCAAUUCUGACAAUUCCAUGCUCUAAUAGUAACUCUAAUGUACUUUAAGCUGUUUUAAACUGUUGGUGUACAUUUUCUUAAUUUUCCCUGGCACACAGACCUUGACCUCAAUUACACACUAUGAACAACAAUGUUGUAGUACUAUUUUCAUCAGCUUCCUCUCCCUUUUGUCACUGAAAAGAAGUGUAAUUGUAUCAGAAUGUGUUAUUUGUAUGUCUGUUAGGGAAAAAAAAAAGGUGAAAAGCUGAGAGGAGUCAUGAUUUCAAGAACAAAACACUUUGAUUCAGCUCUAAAAAGUGGGUAGCAGAUGUGUACAAUUAACAAAACAGGGAGGAAAAGCAACACAGUGAAACUGAGCCAGAUACACACCUCCUACUAUGGCAGUGUGUAACCUCAAGGUGUUAUUCAGGCAUUAGACAUUGUCUAAUAAAAACUGUCUAACAGCUAACACUGCUGAUACAUGAAAUGACACUGGCAUUCAUUGAGCUGAUUAAAACAUUUGGUCAGGAUUGGUUGCAGAUUCUCUCCAGACUGAGGUAAACACACUUUAAUGGGUCAUGCUGAUUUCAGAUGACAGGAAAGGACAAUCAGAUGUCAUAUUUUUAUAGAUGCUCUUUCUGUAGUAUUUGCUUGUAUGAAGAUCUGGACUUCAUGAAGCAAAAAAAACCCCCAAGCAGUAAAAUUCUCAACCAAACAAACAACAAAAAUCUUACCAAAAAACCCCAAGCAACCCAACCCCUCCUGAAAGAUUUGAGAACCAUGAAAAUUCCUGCUGAAGGCUUGGAGGUAGGCAGCAUAUGGAUAUGCUAAAAUGGAUGCUUUCAGAGCAGUAUCUGUGAAAUCAUGUGAACUAACAAAUUAGGUGAUUAAAACCACCUAGGUUAUUUCACACCAGAUAUCUUCAUUAAUGCUUAAUAAAAUAUUUAAAUUCAAUGCAUAAUAGUAAAGAUGUAUUAGUUGGACUUACACAAAUAUGAACACUUGCAAAACAAAUUUAAAUAUUAUUUAAAAUAACAUUGUUUUUAAUUGCAUCUGACACAGAAAUAAUAGCUCAAAACUUAGAUAGGCUUUCAAUCCACUGCAGGAACUGGCAAAAAUCUACUCCUCACCUGAUUUCAGACGUGACUCAAAUUUACUGAGAUUUAGUGUUCUACCACAUCUAACUAUUGCUGGUGAAGAGUAAAAAAGAUAAAAUGACAACCUCAUUGCAAAACAUCAAGAGUGGCACUUAGAUGCUGUUGUACCUUGCUUAAUAGCUGCUGGUCAUCCGUACCUAAUGCUACAUGUGCUUCACAGUGGGGCAAAGGGCUCAGACAUCUAAAGCCAGCAGAAUUCAUCAAACUUCAGGUUCCUCUAAAGAGGGGAACUUGUAUGCUAUAGGAGGCUGUUAAUAUUACUAUUCCAGUACUUAGCACUGGAGCCACAGGAAAUUUCCAAGACAGAUGAGGCUUCACAAGGGUAACUAUCCCAGCUACACUAUUAUGGACACGUGGCAUACUAUGGAAACUCUGGGUUCAUAGGGCUUUGGUCAUGGUCAUUUACCUUGAGAACUGAGGAGUGCACAGACUGUGAGACAACAGCUCUGCAACCACAGCUCCUCCAGCUAAAACUGGCAGAAAUCCUCUUCUAAUACCCCCGAGAUGAAUGUCCAGUGCAGCUGUACUGCACUGCAACAACGGCACCAGAGUGGGCAGCACUGGCACCUCCACUAGCUCACCCCGCUCAUCACAGCUGCUCUCACAGCCCUGCAAGUCCUUCUGCUUUUUAAGGAAGGGCACACAUGAAAUAAAACAGCAUCAGAAAGACAAAAAGGAAUUAAGAGACCCAGGAUACAAACUGAAGAGCUGUAUGACAGUAAAUCCCAAGGAUAGUUUCAGACAGGUGUCUUGGUUCAAAUAACUUUCACAGGUCUUGGUUGGCAGUGAAUAAUGUGCUGUCCAUGACACUGCUAACUCAAGUACAUAAUAUUGAUCAUAUUAAAUUCAAAGGUCAAAAAGGACUACUUGUAAAAUAGGAAAAUUAAACACAGUCCUGAAAUUACUGCACUUGUAAAGACAUACUGGGAUGGGCCAGUCUUUGCACAAGCUGUAUCAAAAUGUUCACCAUCUUUGUUGUAGUGAGACAGUGCUUGUCCAUGUUCAGGUCAAAGACUGUCUCUCAAAUACCCGUGUUUUUUCCUGCAAAUGAACCUUUCUUUCGCUGUAUUGCCCAAUAGUCUAAGAGGAGGAAGAGCCCUAAAGGAACAACUGGAAAUCAGUAAUCCAUUUUCCCUGACAAAACACUGGUUCUACAGCCUCUUUGCCCAGAACAUAUUAGUUUCAGAAACUGAAGGUUAAAAACAAGGCCAAAAGAAGCCCUCUAGACACAAACAAGAUAAAUUAAAGUUGUCCUCAGUGUCUGGACAGAAUCCAUGCAAUCCCUUGCCAGACUGCAGAGACAGUUCUAGUAAUCUGCUAGACAGGGUUUUUAUUUUCCUCUCCAAUCUUAAAUGGAAGCUCAGUAUUUCAGUUUUAUGCUGCAAGGGAAUGAAUUUGUUGAAGCUCAAGUUUUGUUUCAAGCUCAGAUUUAAAAUUAGGUGACACAAAUAUAAGCAGACAACCCUAACAUCAUCAGUACUUAAAAAUGCUGAUUACUAAGGAUCAUGGUGAUAAAGGAAAGACUACUAAGCUUCAGAAAAGAGGAAGAGCAGGGAGGAAGAAAGUUUGCUUCCUGGAAUACUAUGGAAUGAGGUCUACUGUUGGAAGUCAAAACACUGUUUUACCUGGAUGUUUAAAAUGAAAUAUGCCUAGAUGACCUGCAUCACACAGAACCAAAAAAAGGCACAAAUAUUUUUACCCUCAGGUUGCUUCACGAUUGAUUCCCACUUAAUGUUCUUCCUAUCUUGGGCUGCGGCAUUUGUUUGCUACAUCUUCAUUGUAAGUUAUUUAUUACAUAAAAUCCCUUAUUCAUUCAAAGUGUCACUUGAUCUGAAAAUAAAAUGUGGAGGAACUGAAGCACUCUUUAACUGGCAAUGAACGUGCAGGGAAAAGCUGACACUCAAUACAAAGGAAUUAAUUGAGAGUUUAUUCCAGAUGGUUCUCCUCACUUAGUAUACAAGUCAUCAGAAUAAUCUAUGAAAUAAACUGGGACUUUAAUGAUAUGAUCUUUUUCUAUAAUGCAUUUUGGUUUUUGCUUCUAGGAACCUGUUUAAAAAAAAACCUGCCAGAUGAAAUAUUCAGCACAAACUGUGAUCUUUACUAUUUGUAGAAAAUAUGAAUUAAAAAAGGACACUAUCAGUUAAUUCUUAUUUUAAAUGUUUACACUUAUAAAAAUGCUUUGGAAGCUUGAAACUGAAAUCCUUUGUAGUAUUUUUCUUCUCCCUACCUCCCUCUUCCCAUCUUAAAUGCCUUUAUUAGCCCAGGAUUAUCAUAAAUGACAGAGUGCAGCUGCUUAAAAACAUUAAUGGACCACAAAUGGAUAAACUGUGUUCUCUAGAAAAAAAAAAAGGAAGCUUACAUAGAUUUUCUUCAAACAAAUAAAAUGCAUAGAUGGCUACGGUACUCAUCCGUCAACCUUUACAGUGUCCGCUUGAGGUAGCCUUUCUACAGAAUUACUAAACAAGCCCCAACAUAAUCUAAAUCCUUGCA